AUUAUUUUAAUUUGAAUGGAUAUUGUAAUCAAUUUCUAAUAAUUUUAUUCAUAAAUUAUUCAGGGUCUUUGUUAUCAAGUCAGUUUUAUUUUAUUGUCAAUGUUAUUAACGUUGGUGGCGUUUUAUUAUUUUUAAAUCAAUACUUAUAAAUAUUUCUGAUGACAUCUCUGAUGACAUUGAAGAACUUUGGGAGAGAAUAAACAAGUUUUUCCAGUUUCAGAUUACGUUAUUUCAUUCUCGAGGGUUCGAAGUCAAAGUACAAUUUUAAAAGAAUAAUUAUCACAGAAAUUGUUAUUUUGAUAAGACAUUGUGAUUUGGAAUAAUUUGGAUGUCCUUUCAAACUUUUGAUAAUAUGGGUAAUGGGAGUUCAGUUACCUGGCAGACCACAUAUUUGACUAUUAAAAACAAGCAUGAUCAUGCGUUUAAAGUCAUCGAAGAAGCCAUAAGUUUUGAAGAACAGGAAAAACCUUAUGAAGCUAUAGAAAAAUAUAAGCAAGGUAUUCAUCUGAUUGAUGAAAUUUUACAUAUCCCAGUUGAGUGUCCAGAACAUCCUGAUGAAAAAUGGAAUAAUGCAUGCGAAAUGAUACAAAAAAUUAAGAGAACUAGAGCCGAAGUUCUUACAAGGAUCAAUUGUAUUCAGUCUUCGCCGGGCUUUACAUCUUUACCUCUAGAUCAACCACCAUCUUAUGAAGAAGCCAUGAGCUCUACCAGUGAUGAUUCUCUGGUGGAUACUCACCAUAUAACUUAUAAAGAUCUGGCCACUGCACUUGAAGAGCUUAGUAUAGAUCCAAAUCAGCAUUUAAAUGAAGAAAUAGUGUACAUGCAUCCAGGAGUUAGGCUGUAUUUUAUAUCUCCCAAUGGAGAAGUAGUGUCAACUCGUGAACCCCAACUUUUAAAAAUAUCAUUAGUAGAAGGUUCAGAGGUAAAUGCACCAAAAGCUAUAUUACAAAUAGGAGAUUGGAUAUACCCAUUAAUUCCAGGAGUAUCGCCUUGUUACAGAACUGAUUAUGGGGCAUUUAUAUUACCUGAUGUAUACUCAGAUGUUCCAGGUUCUUCUGUAGGUAUUAUUCUCCCAUCAGAUGCUGAUGCUGAUGUUUUUGAUCUUCUAGAAAGCAUUCUUCAUGGCAUUAUUACUCAAGAAACAGAACAAGAAAUAUAUAAUGAAAAAAGAAGACGAUUAGAAGAAACAGAAGAUACUAGUGCUAAAAUUUCCAACAAACUUGUUAAUGGAGCUUGGUACAUUUCAGAGGGAUUAAUUAAAGGAGCACAUAAAGCAGAAGAACUAAUUAAUAAAAGUACACCCACAUUAAUUAAUAAUAUGUCUCAUUCAAAUCGACGUACCGAAGUUCCACAUUCUGUUUCGAAAAGUGUGAAAAUAGCUGAAAAUGCUACUAGUAAAGCUGUGAAAGUUACUGGUUUCAUUGCUGAGAAAGUAGGGCAGGGUACAAUGAAGUUGGGUCACUAUUUAGCCCCUCACAUACAGAAGCAGGGUACUAAGUUAUUGAGAAGUGGCUUUCAUAUGUCAGAAACGGAAGCAUCAGAAAAAAUGAAAAGUAUUUUAACCGUGGCUGCUGGUGCUGUUGAAGGUUUUACAACAGUUUAUAGAGGGUUGGAAACAUCAGCCGGUAUUUUAGGGAGAAGUUUAAAAGACAAUACAGUUAAGGUGGUGGAGCACAAGUAUGGUCCAUCGGCAGCACAGACUACUGAAGAUUCUCUUAAUACUAUGGGAAAUGCUUAUGCAACAUACCAGAAUACCAGAAUAUUUAAACCAAGCCGUUUGGUCAAGAAUACAGCUAAGGAAGCAGGGAGAGGAAUGGUCCAAUCAUAUUCAACAACUCACUCAAGUAGUCAGUCAUUAAGGCAGUCAUUAGACGCAGGUCCUUCCAGAGUUUAUCCAGAAUUAACUGCAAAAUCUAUAGAUGAAGAAGGUAGUAAAACUAGUAAUACAGAGGAUAAGGAUAAAGAACGUCGUAUAUAAAUUUGUUUAUAGUUUUAAAGAAUUGUUGCAAAUUCUUUAUUGAGCCUAAACUGUUGCACUUAGGAAAAACUCAUUAUUCAGUUAAUAUUCAUUGUGGAUCUUGUUAUGGCAUAUUUAAAUUGCUAUGGUUAAUUUUAUUUUAUGAAAAGACAUACAUGUUUAUUUGUUGGUGUUUUGUACUUUUAUAGUUGCAUUUAGUAGAAAAUGAGGGCUAUACAUUUAAGAAGAAAAAUAUUGUUUCUGUGAUAUAUAUUCUCUCUAAAGAAAUAUAAAAAUUGUUAACUUU